GAGAAGAAGCUGUAUUCUCGCGAUACUCUGUUCCUUUGUGUUGAGAAGAGCGUGUUCAGAGAAGCUGCAGGUUUUAAACUCCUCGGGAGAACCAGCCGAACGAUCGAGCGAACCUGAAGUGGACCUCUCCACAGCCGUGGACUCAUUCAGCUUUACCUGCGCCACCUGAUCAGACAAAAUCAAACUACCUGAGCAGUUUCCAUGGCAGUGAGACGAGGACACAUCAGGUACCUGAAGGUGUGUGAGGUCCAGCCCACUCAAGGUGAAGGCAGAGACGCACAGAUUUCCUCCAAAGGAGCGACUGUGAAGGAGCUGUACGAUAACGGCUUCGCAGAGGCCAUGAUGGAGGAGGACGACGACUCUCGGACCAACCUGAUCGUGAACUACCUGCCGCAGAGCAUGAGUCAGGACGAGCUGCGCAGCCUCUUCAGCAGCGUCGGCGAGGUGGAGUCAGCCAAGCUGAUCCGCGACAAAGUGGCAGGCCACAGUUUAGGUUACGGCUUUGUUAACUUUGUUAACCAUAGUGAUGCAGAGAGGGCUAUCAGUACCCUCAAUGGCCUGAGGCUACAGUCUAAAACUAUCAAGGUCUCGUUUGCCCGCCCGAGUUCAGACACGAUUAAAGAUGCAAACCUUUACAUCAGCGGUCUCCCCAGAACGCUGAGCCAGCAAGACCUGGAGGACAUGUUCUCCUCGUUUGGACGCAUCAUUAACUCCAGAGUUCUGGUGGACCAGGCCUCAGGUCUCUCCCGGGGCGUGGCCUUCAUUCGUUACGACAAGAGGGCCGAGGCUGAGGACGCAGUCAAACACCUGAAUGGUCACGUACCGCCCGGCAGCUCCGAGCCAAUCAAUGUCAAGUUUGCUGCCAACCCCAAUCAGACCAGGAACUCCAUCGUGAUGGCGCAGACGUACCACAACCAGUCGCGCCGCUUCGGGGGCCCGGUCCAUCAUCAGGCCCAGAGGUUCAGGUUCUCUCCAAUGACUGCUGACCACAUGGGUACAGGAGGCGGAGCCUCUGCGAGCCCAACCUCUGGUUGGUGCCUGUUCAUCUAUAACCUGGGCCAGGAUGCAGAUGAGGGAAUGCUGUGGCAGAUGUUUGGGCCGUUCGGCGCCGUGGUCAACGUUAAAGUGAUCCGAGACUUCAACACCAACAAGUGCAAAGGGUUCGGUUUUGUUACCAUGGCGAACUACGAGGAGGCCGCCAUGGCCAUCCACAGCCUGAAUGGGUACCAGCUGGGGGACAAAGUCCUGCAGGUGUCCUUCAAGAGCAACAAGGGACACAAGUAAGCAGGCAGCUGCAGUGGGUGGGCGCGGCUCAUAUGUGGUAGUUGUUUUUCUUCCUCGUUUUUUCUAUUAGCAUGCACAGCUUCUUAUUUUUCUGCUGAAAGUCGUUCUGAGACAACUGGUUGGACCUUCAGACCUCUGUCCUCAGUGUUUGUCCUGCAGGCUGACCGGCCGCUGAAGGUCUAAACCUCAAAUGUUCUGCAGAGAUGGUUGAAAGUCAGAGUUUCAGCCUCGGUUUUCUGAUAUUUUUUUUUUUUUAGAAAGUGAUGGUCAAUUUUAUGUGAAAGAGUUCCACCCAGGAUACGUCAGCAGUCAUUAAAUUACUCAAUGUUUAUCUGAUGUGGUUUAAUAAAACACCGUCUGGGCUGUAAGGACUUCUGAGGAGAUUCUGACUUGGUGUGAGUGGAAAAAUCUUCGGCUCUUUGUACAAAUCAUUUAAAACAAGCAGAACACGUGAAAGACAUGCCAAACUUUUCUCUUCUUUAAUGUUUGCUUUAUUUUGGCCUCAGUGUGAUAUUGACUGUUUAUUCAAUAAUAAAUCUGUUCAUGUAAAGGAU